AUGAGUCUAGAGCGAAGUGGAAAAGAAAGUAUGCGACGGCAGGUCAAUAUAGACAAGACCGGUGGGAGGAGAAUCGCAAAGUUUCAGGAUUCAGACAGGAGUAAGGUAGGGGGGGAAAGGGAAGAAGCAGUGAAGUUCUUCUGGGCGUCUGAAGGCAGCAGCAAAGCGAAAGGAACUGCACGGGGCUGGAAAAGCCGGUGCCAGUGUGGCUCAGUGGCUGGGCAAACACCCGGAACGAUGAAUAAACUUCUAGUUGUUGGUGAGGAUACUACUACGUAUCUAAGACCUUGGAUCGCAUCCGGUGGAGCCUGUGACUGCAACGACCGGCACUAG